AUUUAGCUUAGCACGAAAUAAACAAAGGCAAAAGUGUCCGUAUCUUUGAUAAAUUACAGACCACAGAUAGCAAACGUAAAACGAAAUAAAAUAGUUCAAUUUGUUGCGUGUAAAAGCCUGUGCUUCACUAUAUACUAUUUGUGCAACCUACCCUGCACACAAUAUAUCAUAGUAUCCAUAGCAUUAAUUGAAUAAUGUUACUAAGCAUUGUGUUAUUUUUCAAAUGCCUGAAAAAUAAUUUUGAAAGCAAACAAAUUAGUUGACGAAACUUAACAGAAUCAAUCACACUUUGAAAGCAUGUUCUUUAAUGCCGAUGAAUUAUGCGAAAAAUUACAAACAACCGAUCGUCAAGCAAAGUUGGCUGCUUUGGAAAAAUUGCAGCAGGAAAUUGUGGCAACAAAGAGUACGUCAUCGCAGGAUAUUCAGCAAGUGUUUGAUGGUUGUUAUCUGAAUUUGUUGAAAUGUUACAGUGAUCGAUUUGAAAGUGUCCGCGAACAAUCAAUACGAACCGUAAAUGUGUUUAUGGAACGUAUGCCACCGAAUGAUUUUCAUUUGUUAAACGUCGUGGCCACUUUAACCGAUCGUAUUGGCCAACAGGAAACCCUUGAGGAGAGUGAAGAAAUACGCCUAUUAUUUGUGCAACAAUUAUUGAAGCUUGAAAGUUACUUCAUUAAUACUGGCAAUAAACAUUCUUUGGAAGAAUGUUAUAGCGAUAUUGUGCGAAUUUUAAAUAAAGCUUUACGCGAUCUCUACCCCUCUGUACAAAGAGAAGCCUGCGCAUGCGUUGCUCUGUUAGCUUCAAAUGCAAAUUCCUGUAAAUUUCAAGCAUUUUCCAAUAUUUUGGCUAAAGCUUUAUAUGGAAUGCUUAAUCAUAAGCAUUCUACCGCUCGCAUAACUGCUGUCAAUGCUCUAGGUUAUGUAGCCUUGCACAUUGACGCUUCUGGUAAUGCGCUUUCAUGUUUGAUAAUGCAAGUUUCUCCUCUAUUAAUGGACCCGAUGCCUCUCGUAAGGCGUGAAUGUGGCGAAAUGGGUGUUCGUUUGUUGUUGGAAUUGCGUGAUCGGUAUUCGUAUUUUGAACGUAUUAUUCCGUUAGUUCUAUGUUGUUUAAAAGAUGAUUCUCCGGAAGUACGCGAGUAUAUAGUACCAUUGUGGAUAAAAUGUGGCAAACAGUACUACGAAGAAAAUGAAGCCGAAUUAAGUAAACAAGAAAUUGGCGAUUUACCAUCACCAAAUUAUCCAAUCGAUGUUAUGCGUCCAACGAUAGGAUGCCGAGGUCUGGUUCAGCGUUCGUUACGUCUGUUAAAAUUAAUUACACGUGAAUCUUCAGAUUGGAAGGAAAAUGUUCGCUUACAUUCACUUAAGCUGCUGUACCAGUUUGUAUUGCAUGCAGAAGCUACGAUGACGGCCAAGUUUUUUGAAAUUUAUGCUGAUUUAGCUAGAGCUUGCCGAGAUACUGAAUCUGUUGUAGUAGAGGAGGCAUUCAAAGUCUCGGACCUUCUGGGCCGUUUAUUGAAAUACGAAGAUUGGUGUGAGCAUGGUUUUGAUGGAUUGGAACGCAAUGCCAAAGAAGGAUAUUUAAUUUGUUUCUACUACAUGUACACGCCUGCAUUAGGUGUAAAAUUUGAUGAUAAUUUACGUUUAUCGAAAAUUUUGAUACAAUCGGAUUUUUCACAAACCCUUAAACCCGGAUUCCAAUCCUAUAUUCUGAAAAUGGUAGAAACAAUUCUUGCGAAAACUCAGUGUGACAUUGAUGAAAAGCAAAAUAUAUCAGAAUUUGAGGAAAUGCACAAAAAUUGUUAUAUUGCAACUAUAAAAGUAAUGGCGUUAGCUCUAGAGUCUGAGCAAACCAACGGUUCUGAGUUGCAGGACAAUGGUUCGAUAAUAUUGAAAAGAAUUGCAAGUCGUCGGAAUACAUCAAUGGAUGAUGUGCACGAGAAAUUUUUUAAAAGUGCUUUAGAUUGCGUAGAAAAUAUUGAUGCCCCAUUGGAUGCGCUUAGUGAACCUAUUCUUCUGUUAUAUGGUCUAAUAAAGUUAGUAAAGUUUCGGGAAUCUUAUUUGACGCAAUUGCAAGAAAAAGUCGGUAUAGUGUUUGAACAAUGCGCUGACGACUCGAAAAUCAAGAUAUUCAGCGCUAUAUCCAUAGCUAUGUUAGACUGGCAAAAAACGAUUAAAGGACAAGUGGAAAAAAGUAGCGUCUUACUGAAGGAAUUUGCAACCAGAAUUAUUGAGCCUCAUAUACAAUGGCAUGCUGGAGCUAAUGCUGAAGCAAUGCGCUCCUUCGCUACAGCUACUUUAUGUGCUUUGUCUCAAGGAGCUCCACAGGAAGCAGGUUUUGUGUUGCCACAUUUUGCUAAGUAUAUGCCUACCUUAAUGGAGGAUCGUGCUGUGGUUACACGCCAUUAUGCAAUUAAAUGCCUCAACAAUUUUGGUGACUUGCAAGUAGACGAUUUGAAGCCGAUUGCUUAUGCUUGUUUGCAGCGCAUAAAUGAUCCAUCUUCAGGGAUUCGAAUUUUGGCCGCAUCGAUCAUACCGAAACUGAAACCGAAGUUUGGCGAUGAACCUAGUAAAAACUACGAACAAGAUAUAUGGGAUACAUUCCUCAAACGUUGCAUGGACUUGUUGUUUUUGCAUUAUGAUGGUCCUGAAGUGCGCUUACAAGCAGCUAUCAAACAAACCGUUUUAGAAAUGUCCGAGCGUUAUCCUGAACUGUGUAAAGAAAGUUAUAAGCGCGCUCUGGCCAGUACUCAUAAUUGCAUCAAUCUUUUAGAAUUAAAACCAUACUUGCCCUCUAUUGACUAAAUGAAAUUUCGAUUCUUUCAUAGUAAUCAUUUUAUAUAUAUAUUUAGUUUUAAUUAAAAUAAAUUUGAC